GGCAAAAGAGGGAAGGACGGACUCUCAGGAGCGUAUGGUGAAAAAGGAUCUCAAGGAGAACAAGGUCUUCCAGGUCUUGCUGGAUAUCCAGGGCCUAAAGGAGAAGCUGGAGAGCCGGGUUACUCCGGUCGACCAGGAGUUGAAGGAGAUGUUGGACCUCCUGGAGUGUUCGGGGAGGGUCACGGAGCUGCUGGAGUGCGAGGACUUCAAGGACGCGAUGGUGUCCCUGGUCCCAAAGGUUUGCCAGGAAAAGAUGGUCUUCCGGGAGCUGUCGGUGUUAGAGGACCUGUUGGAGCACCUGGACCUCAAGGAGCGCCGGGAUUAGAUGGACUACCAGGCUAUUCUGAAAAGGGAGAUCGAGGAGAGGACGGUUACCCAGGCUUCGCUGGAGAACCCGGUUUUCCUGGAGAGGAAGGAGAUUGUGGUUUGCCUGGUGAGGACGGGCCGCCAGGAUAUGACAUACAGGGACCACCCGGAAAUGAUGGGACUCCUGGACGUGAUGGUUACCCCGGCGUACCUGGAGAAGUUGGAGAUCCCGGCUAUCCAGGAGAGAAAGGCUUCCCCGGUGCAGGAGUGAAAAAAGUUGGUCCACCCGGUCAAAUGGGAUUGAUUGGUCCGCCAGGAGAGAAUGGUCGAAUGGGUAUCGACGGUUUGCCCGGACCACCAGGAGAUAAGGGACCUCGUGGAGACGACUGUGGUUACUGCCCUGAUGGUCUUCCCGGUCAAAAGGGUGAGCCUGGUGUGCCCGGAUUAGAUGGAUAUCCUGGACCACCAGGUCCGGAUGGAGAUAGCGGUGAUUGCGGAUUCAAGGGAGAACCUGGUAAACCGGGGUCUGCUGGCCCCGACGGACUUCCAGGAUCUGUUGGGCUACCUGGAAUCCCAGGUUAUCCAGGUCUGAAAGGAGAAGCAGGAGAAAUUAUUGGUCCCAUGGAAAACCCGCCAGGAAUUGAUGGAAUGAAAGGAGAGCGAGGGGUCCCAGGUAAUGUGCUGCAGUAUCAUAAUCUUUGCGAUACCGUCAAUCGCGCCCUAAUCAAAAACUGA